CUGGAGAGAGACAGAGUCGAAGUGGGGAUAAACAGUUGAAAACAAAAUUAUUCUACGGUACAAGAGAGCCUGACACUGGGCGACUUAAGAGAGAUCAAGGUUCCUGCUUCUGACCUGAUUAAGCAGAAGAGAGGUAGUCGUGGAGGCGAUCGGGGAGACGCGAUCAACAGAACACGAGAGCUGGCAAGAGAGGGGGACGAGAGAGGAAGAAUUACAACAGGGCGCAUGUUGAAAGAAGCCUCUUAAGUCUGGGAGCUGGAAUUAGAGCCACAGAAACUGCAGAGGGGGAAGCCACAAAACCACAGUGAAGAUGCCUGCUAAUGGGAACCGCCCCUUGAAGUUGCAGUUUGGUCUAAUCAACCACGAAGGUCGCUACCUCACUGCUGAGACCUUUGGCUUCAAGGUGAAUGCAUCUGCCCCCAGCCUGAAGAAGAAGCAGAUAUGGACUCUUGAGCAGGACUCCCAGGACACCCAGGUAGUCUUCUUGCGCAGCCACCUGGGGCGCUACCUGGCCUCCGACAAGGAUGGCAAGGUCACCUGUGAGGCGGACGGGCACAACUCAGACUGCCGUUUCCUCAUUGUGGCUCAGUCUGAUGGUCGCUGGGCCCUGCAGUCUGAGCAGCACCUCCGUUUCUUCGGUGGCUCACGGGACUACCUGUCCUGCUUUGCACAGAUAAUCACAGAUGCUGAGCUGUGGGCAGUGCACCUGGCUCUACAUCCGCAGGCCAACCUGCUGUCUGUGGCCCGCAAGCGUUACGCCCACCUCUCCACAGAGGAUGGGGAGAUUGCUGUGGAUAUGAACAUUCCCUGGGGCGUGGCAGCACUCCUCACCCUCGUCUACCUGGAUGGGAAGUACUGCCUAAAGACCUGCGACAGCCGCUUCCUCAGCAAUGAUGGAAAGCUCUUGACAGAGAGCGGGAGGGCCACUGCGUACACGCUAGAGCUGAAGUGUGGGAAGCUGGCCUUUAAAGACUGUGAGGGGAAGUAUUUGUCUCCUAUGGGGCCUACGGGCACCCUGAGGUCUGGACGCUGCUCCAAGCCGGGCAAAGAUGAACUGUUUGACCUGGAGGAGAGCCACCCACAGGUGGUUCUGAUGGCAGCCAAUGGGCGAUAUGUCUCCCUAAGACAAGGAGUCAGCCUCGCAGCCAAUCAGGAAGAUGAGACGGACAUGGAGACCUUUCAGAUGGAGAUUGACAAGGAGACAAGGAAGUGCACGUUUCGCUCCAGCCAAGGGAACUACUGGGCCCUGGUGGCUCAUGGAGGCAUCCAGAGUACUGCCACUGAAGUGUCAGCAAACACCAUGUUUGCAGUGGAGUGGCUUGACCACAAGGUGGCACUAAAAGCUAACAAUGGAAAAUACAUCUGCACCAAGAAGAAUGGCCAACUCCUUGCUGUCAGUGACUCCAUAGGUGAGGACGAGCAGCUCACUCUGAAACUGAUCAACCGACCCAUGUUGAUCCUGAGAGGAGAGAACGGCUUCAUCUGCCAACACAAGAACUCCAAUGCUCUGGACGCCAGCAGAUCAGUCUAUGACAUUUUCAACCUGCAGUUCAGUAACGGGGGGUACCACAUUAAAGGUGUGGACGGCCGGUUCUGGUAUGUGAACAGCGCCGGGCUGGUGUGUUCAGAUGGCGAGGCCCCAGAAGAUUUCACUCUGGAGCUCCUUGAGCACGGGCGCCUAGCCAUACGAGGCAAGAAUGGCAAAUACCUGCGUGGGGACCAGGGAGGCACGCUGAGGGGAGACGCACUCAGUCUGAGCAGCUCAGCGCUGUGGGAGUAUUAACACGAUCCAACACUGGCUCAAACCUGAGGCCCAACUCUGACGCUUGAGAGGCCGCAGCAGAAAGAAGAGGAGGAACUGAGCCGGGGGACGUCUUGAUGAAGGGAUCCAUGUUUUGAGAAAGCGCUCGAUCUCAAAACAAAAAAUGCUGUGACUGAACAUUUGAGUCUUUGUGUCAUUCCCUUACCCAGUGAACAUUUGCAGCAAGAUUAAAGAGAUUAUCUAAACGUCUGAAACUAAAGAGUUAAAGACGUAAAGCGUAUAAGCAUCAGUGUGACAUACGACCGUCCUCUAGUCUAGUCUACCAGGUAUAUCAGUAGUAAUAUGAUCAUUUCAUGCAACUGCAAGUAGGUGGAUUUUAUUUUUUUAUUAGUCCCUCUGUUAUGUUCUACAUUUCCUCUGUCUAUUAUGAACAUGGAGAUUGAGAAAUAAACUUGUAUGGCUGAGUAUGUUACCUUACACACACAACCCCCUUUGCAGCAGCAGGAUCUAAUAAAGAA